UUUAGGUGGCACCCUAUUUCACACUACUCACCUCCUCCUCCCUGAGUGACUCAGCCGCUGAGGGAGAAGCCUCUAAACUAUUCAUUAAAACAGUGAGAUAGAGGUUGAUUCUACUUCCAGUCAUCUUUAGCUACACCUCAGUUUCAGGUCGGAGAACCACUUUAGAUCAUCUACGGACGAAAGCCAGGCUCUCUGCUAAAGGGAGAUCCUGACUGGAAGCCAGUAUGUCAAAUAUUGCCUUGAGAAAACCAUCUCCUGGAAAUGAUGUGAAGAGUACUCCUCUGGGGACUGCACUGAGGCAACAAGGUUUUCAUGAAGUGAACAAGCGAAGGACUUUCUUACAAGAUAGCAGCUGGAUAAAGAAGCGCCCUGAAGAAGAAAAAGAUGAAAACUAUGGCAGAGUGGUGCUCAAUCGACAUGCUUCCCAUGAGGCUUUAGACAGGAGCAAAAAUGAAAAGAAUGAGCAAAAAGUCAAAAUUACUCGAUACAGAUCUGAUGACACCUUAGACAGGAUUUCAGAAAGAAAUGAUGCUGCUAAAGCUCAUAAGGCCAAUACCUUGGAUAACCGACUAACUAAUAGAGACAUGUCCCCUUUCAGAGCAUCAGAAGCAACAAAACCACCAUCUGGAGUUUCUUUCAACACUAGCACCACUACAGGAGCCACUGCUGCUGCCACUCCGAUCACAACUCCUGUGAAGAAAAAGAGACAAUCUUGGUUUCCACCACCACCUCCAGGUUAUAACACUAUCCAGAAUGCAGCAGGAAACAGAAGGGAACCAAAUUCUCUGCCCUCAAUACUUCCAAGGCCCUAUUCUCCAGUUCCAUCACCUCCGCAGUCACAAAAGGAUAAUAUUAGGCAGAUAUGUCCUCCUAAACCAGGUAUACGUUUAGAAGACAACAGACCUGCUGAGAAAAAAACAAGAAGUCAAGAUCUAGAUGACAUCAUCAGAGUGGAUGCUGAUAAAAAUGACAAAGGAAGUCAAGACUUGGAUAAUCUCAUCAAAAUGAACAAAAACAUUAAUAGGAACCAAGGCUUGGAUGGCAUUUUCAGAACAAAUGCAAAGACAGAACAAACUGAUAAAAAAAAUCAAGAGCUUGAUAAUCUCAUUAAAGUGAACCACAGGACUGACAAAAAUGGCAAAGGAAAUGAAAAUCUUGACAAUAUAAUUAAAGUGAAGCCCAGGACUGAUGAAAAUGGCAAAGGAAACCAAAACCUUGACAAACUCAUCAGAGUGACCGUUCCUAAGGACAAAGAUGACAAAGGAAAACAAGGGCUUGAAAAUCUAAUUAAAGUGAAUCACACAACAGACCAAAAUGGAAAAAAAAGCCAAGACUUGGACAGCAUCAUCAAAGUGAAUGCUAGGACAGAUAAAAAUGGCAAAGGGGAUCAAGACCUUGAUAAUCUCAUCAAAGUAAAACCCAAUCAGAAUGAAAAUAUGCCUAGAAAACAAGACCUUGAUAGUGUCAUCAAAGUGAACACUGAAAGAAGUAAAAAUACUCAGAGGGAUCAGGAGCUUGACAGUUACAUCAAAGAGCAUCCCUCAGCAAACAGAAAUAUCCCAGGGGGCUCAAACCUAGACAAUCUAAUUGAAGUGAAUCCUGCAAUCCACAGAAAUAGCCAUGGGACCCAAGACCUUGAUCAUCUCAUCAAAGUAAGCCCAAGAACAGGAAAAAGUGAUCAGGGAAACCAAGACUUGGAUAAUCUCAUCAAAGUGGAUCGAACAGCAAACAAACCUGCUCCAGGGGGAGAAGGUCUUGAUAAGUUUAUCAGUGUGAACCCCAAAGCUGUCAAAAGUACCACAGGAAAUGAAGAUCUUGACAACUUCAUUAAAGUUAAUCCUGAAACUCUCAAAAACAAUCAGAGAAACCAAGAAGAUCUUGAUAAAUUUAUCAAAGUGACUCCUGAAGUUCUCAGAAACAAUCAGAGGAGCCAAGACCUGGAUAGAUUCAUUAAAGUGAAUCCAACAACUUUCAGAAAUAGCAAAAGGGACCAAGACCUUGACAAUCACAUUGAAGUUCAUUCUAAUAGAUCUAAAGAGAGUCAAAGAGACCUUGACAAUCUCAUAGAUGUAAACCCCAACAUAUACAACAAUGCAAAGCGACUAGAGGAACAUACCAAUGCAUCUACCAAUGCCUGGAAUAACCAAUCCAGCAUAAGCACAACCUAUUCUCAUGAAACCAGGACAUCUCCCAGCUAUAAUGCUCGAACCAGGUACUCAAGUCCAAAGGACCUUGUUGUGUACACAAGGACAUAUGUGGAGAAUAGCAAAUACCCAAAGGAUGGCUAUGAAGAAGGUAUCACCGGAAAAUAUAUACAAACAGUUUAUUCGACCUCUGAUAGGUCUGUCAUUGAAAAGGAUAUGUGUACCUAUUGUCGAAAGCCCCUGGGCUCAAAUACCAAAAUGAUCUUGGAUGAGCUACAGAUUUGCUGUCAUUCAACUUGCUUCAAGUGUGAAAUUUGCAAAAAGCCUUUGGAAAACCUGGAAGCUGGUGAUAGUAUUUGGAUCUAUAAACAUACUGUACAUUGUGAACCUUGCUACUCCAAAGUUGUAGCCAAGUGGAUUCUGUGAUUCUGACACAUGGAAACCAAGAUGAAUGCCAUUUAUUGGGAACAUUUAGUUUGGUUGUUUUUUUUUUAAAGAAAGCUUUUUAGUUAACAACAUUUAUUUUUAAGCUUUCUCACUGAAGAUUGAAAGAAUCAUAAGUAAAAUUGCUAAUCCUGCUAUGAAUCAAAUAGUCAUUGCAUAUGCUAAUGUUAGCCACAGGAAGGGAAUAUUCCAUUUAAAGCAGAUUUAGAGAUCAAAACUUAAACUGGCUGUAAGCAUUUUCUCCAGUCUUGCCCAUCAUAAGCAGUGCCAAUGCAGCAAUGAUUCUGAUGGCAAUGAGCACUGACAGAGUUAAGGAGGGCACUUCAAUUUCAGCCUGUGAGUCAUCAUUUUUAUUUUAAUUUAUUGCUUGGGUUUUUGGGUUUUUUUUGCCCAUCUUUAGUUUCUUGGCCCUUCAAUGAAUGUGUCAUCCUUUUAAUUUGUAUUAUUGAUGUGAAUUAAAAUACAUUUUAACAAAUCACUCAUGAAAUGAAGACAAAUCUGCCUAGCACAUGUCCAGAUGACAUCUACAAAAAAAUUUUGAUAGCUAAUUUCUGAGAACAUGGUAGCAAGGUUUAAUAUGGAACAGCUAGAAGGCACAAUGGAUAGAGUAGUGGACCUAAAGUAAAGAAGAUUUAUUUUCCUGAGUUCAAAUCUGGCCUGACACACUAAAUAGCUCUGUGACCCUGGGCAAGUCAUUUAAACUUAUUUGCCUCAGUUCCUCAUCUGUAAAAAUAAACUGGAGAAGGAAUAAGUAAACCACUCCAGUGUCUUUGCUAAGAAAAUACCAAAUGGGGUCACAAAGAAUUGGAAACAACUGAACAAAAGGUUUACUACAGAAGGGCAAAUUUCUACUUUAAAGAUAAGGAGGACCUAUGAUUUUGUAUUUCUCAAAUGUCCAAAGAAACAUUAUCUUGGUAGCUUAUUUUAUCAAAGAUAUUAUUUUUAUAGACUGUUUUAAGAACCAAAGGGAAUAGAUUUGUGGGUGAAUGACAAAAUCAUAUUAAAUGUAUACUUUGUAGGUAGUACCUUUGUUAAAUUUUUCUUUGCAUGCUUUUCAGAAUCUAGUUAAAGGCAUUCAAUGACAAACAAUGGUUAUGGUCUACAGAAGCACUUUCUUUGGUAUGCCUCACAUAUUCAUAUUGCAAAGCACUUUGUAUCUGCUUAUAAAAAUAAAUUUAAAUGCUUGUUAACAAACCUUUUUGUUGAGUGUGAUA